AUGGAUAACCAAGAAAUAGCACAUAGUGAUACGCCAGGUCCAAAUGAUAGUGCAAAUAUCAGAAAAUUCUAUAAAGUACAAACUGCAUGUGCUGAAUUAGAAGCUUGUAUGAAAACCAUCUACAAGUAUGGGUUAACAACAGAAGACCUAAAAAAAUUGGCAUCUGAAGACACUCCAGUUUCAAAUGCCAUUGCAGAGAGUCCAGCAAUGCGUAUCUCUAGUACCUUAUUAGAGAAAAAAGACUCAUUAGAUAUUCUUGCUUUAAUGGAAGAAAAUAAAUUUAGCGUUAAUAUUAACCCGGUUGACAAAUUUAUUUAUUACCCAGUAAUCUCCGAUCCUAAAUUGGAAAAUUUAGCAUUCAUUCAUAGAAGUUAUCCAAAUAUGAACGUCCAACUUACUGAAACUGAGAAGACUAUAAUGUGUAAUGAAAGAUUGGAAUUUUUAGGUGAUAGUUGGUUAGGAGCAUUUGUUGCUCAUAUUAUUUAUAAGAAGUAUCCUUAUGCCGAUGAAGGUGCUCUUUCAUCUAUGAAGGAUUCGAUUGUUAAUAACAGUAAUUUAGCUAGAUUAUCUGAAGUUCUGGGGUUUAAAGAACGAUUAAAGGCUAACAUUCCAACAAGUAAAAUGAAAAUCAAGGAUAAAUUUUCAAAACAUUAUGCUGACUGUGUUGAAGCUUACAUUGGUGCUCUCGUGGUCGAUAGGUUUGGAAAUGAAUUAAAAGAAAUUGAAGAUUGGGUUGCUUUUCUAGCAGAAGAACAAUUCAAAGAAUUUGGUCCAGAAAUGAUAAAAAAACCGUUGAAUAGAAAUGCCAAAGGUGAAUUAGCUGAAUUGUUCCAAUUUAACACAGUUAGUGAAAAACUAACUUAUGAAAGAUUAAAUACUUCCAUUCCUUUUAAAGUAAGAGCAAUGCUUGGGCCAAAUGUUUUAGCAUAUGCUGAAGGUCACAAUAUCAGAGAAGCGGAACAAAGAGCAGCUAUGAUCGUACUAGAUAAUCAUGACCUAUUACAGAAAUAUUGUCCAUUCGAAUUAGAAUUUAAUUCAUCAAGAGGUAAAUUUUUGGCAGAGGAAUCUUCUGGGUCCGACAAAACCGAUAGUAUUUUAAGCGCAGAUCAUGGAAUAAAACCCCAAAAUAACUUCAUGAAUGCAGGGCAAGAGAUUAAAAUAAAUAAUUCAGAAUCAACUUCGGCCAAUACAACUCCGUUCACUCAAGGACUAGCAAAUCCUACAUCUCAACCUAUUAAUAGUAGUAAUUAUGACAUUAACAAAUUGACAGAAGAGGUUAUGAGUAGCCUUUCUUCCAAAUUAUCUUUAUUGGUUUCUAAUGCAGUUUCCGAAGCAAUGAAUAAGAAACCGAAUGCCGAAGAGCCAGUACCAAUAGAAAUUACAAAACCGGCUCAACCUUCUCAACCUAAUUUGGAAAAAGCUACUAUAACAGAUUCUACUACUAUACCCACAGAAUCAACUAUUGCCGACCCUGCAGAGAUUAAAAAAACAAGUACAGAUGGAAAGAUAUCGACACCACUAAAUGUAAAUAUACCAACCGAAGAUGGUAGAAACAGCAAGGACUCUAUCAUACGCAAUACCGUCGAACCUGUUACUUCUAAAUAUGCCAGUAAUUCACCUAUUGAAAUAACUCCACCACAACUACCUGUUUCCACAACUUCCGUUCCUGUGGUUUCCCAAGUUAGCGCACUAUCUACAGAAACAACGAAAAUACCGGCGGCCAAUGCGAUAACUGAAGAAGAAUGGGAUAAGGAAGCUGCUCAAAGGUUAUACGUAGUCUUAGGGUCUAUUAAGGAGACACCCGAUUACACUGUUUACCAAGAUGAAGACACUGGUCUGUUUAAUGCGGUCUGUCUAUUGCAAAGCGAUGGCCAAGUUAUCGGUGAAGGUUCUGGAAGAAAUAAAAAACUUGCAAAGCAAAGAUGUGCAAGCAAUGCUCUAAAAGGUCCCGAAUUACAGGAACUAAUGGCUGGAAAAUGA